UACGUGUGUUUUUUAAGUGUUUUGUUGGUGAAAUAUAUAUCAAUUAGUGUUUCAUUAUUUUCUGCAGUGAUGGGAAUAGGAGGCUGGUGUUAUUUUGCAAAUAUAGUGAAGUUUUUUUGUGUUUUGAUAUUCAAUUUUAGUUUAUUUGUUUAAUCUAGUGUGCCUUGUGCUUUAUUAUUGUAUUCUUUUUUUGUCUUUUUUUAAUUGCGAUGGAUACUGAUGAUGUUAUUUGCGUUGAAUGUAAAAAAAGGGAGACUGAUUCGAACAAACUGGUAACCUGCUUGUACUGCUUUAAAAGCGCUCAUUACAAAUGCCGCAAUAUCAUUGGCAAUGCCGUUCGUCGCGUAAAAGAGAAUAUGUACUUUUGCACACCCAACUGUUCGGACAUUUAUAAAAAGAUUAUUGAAAUGAAAACUAACAAAAGUGAUAUUGUAGCCGCUCUCGGGUCAGAGCUGAAAAUAACAGUCGCGAGUGCUGUGGCCUGUGAAAUGCAGAACCUGAGGGCAGAAUUUAAGUCGAUUACCUCUGCUAUUGAAAACUCGCAAGAUUUCCUAUCUACGAAAUUUGAUUCAAUUGUCUCAGACUUUCGAGAUCUAAAAUCUGAAAACGAGGCCCUAAAACAAGAGAUAAGUUCCUUAAGAAAAAAACAAUCUUGCCUUUAUGAAAAUGUAAACAAACUUGAGAUGAACUUAGACAAAACUGUUCGGGAUAACGUCUCAAACAACGCCAUUUUUCUGGGAGUCCCCUUCCUCUGUAAUGAAAAUACCGUUGAAUUAGUUAUGAAAAUUGCUCAUUGCAUUGGUGCUAAUCUAGACCGUUCCUCAGUGGUGUCUGCCGAAAGGUUGUCACCAGGUAAAAAAGCAACAAAUAGUUUGGUUCCCAUAAAAGUGGUUUUCACAGAUAGGACCGUGAAGGAGAUUUUGUUCACCAAAAAAAAGGAGUUUGGUAGACUGAUCUCUACUUCGAUCGACGAUUCCCUGGUCAUCAAUGGCAAACCUACAAAUGUUGCGAUUCGCGAUGAGUUAACCCCACUUUGCUUAGAACUAUUGAACGAAAUGCGCGAGCGUCAGGAAUUUCUCAACAUUAAAUAUGUCUGGUCCGGUCGAGGAGUUGUUCUUGUUAAGAAAAAUGAAAAAGCAAAACCUGAAAUAAUUAGAAACCGGAAUGAUCUAAACCGCAUAACUAGCCUAUACUCAAAUGGUUCUUCUGACGCUGCAGACUCGCUACCUGCGAAUAUUUCUCCAUCACCCAAAAGAAAACGAACAAACAAUAUCCCGAGGGAAUAGUGCUUCUUGCUUUUAAAACAUUUUGCUCUUUUACAUAUAAUUUACAUUUCAUUUCAAUGGCUUAUAUAGAAAAUUUCUUUCACGAUGAUAUAGACAGUUAUAAUGCGAGUGUUUCAAUGACUAAUAGUAAAUCGCUGAAUAUUUUGCAAUGGAAUAUAAGGGGUAUGAAUGAGCUUUGUAAA